GUGAAAACAUCAUAGGCAUCUUUUCCGGUGGCAAUUAUGGUGUCUCGCGACGCGACGCGACACCAAUAGAUGUCUCGUGAUUGGAGACGAGACAGGCCUCUAAGCUCCGCCCAUUUCUGUGACGUAAUGGGAAUGGUCGCAGUUGACGGCUUGCUAUUUUACUGUACUGGUUAUUUUUCUUACAGGUAAAUAAUAUUUUGGAUGGCUUUUGAUAUCUUAUGGUGGAUAGUGCGGCCAAUAUAAGUAUAAAUAUGCAUGAAAUAUCCGAAGUAUGAGGAAUGCAUCUGGCAACUCGAUGAAUGUUUACCGCCUGCUCGAUUCCUGUCGCGUAAAAGGUGCCGCGUUCCCCGUAACCGCUGGAAAAGAUGGCAAUAGUCCCCCUUUUAAGAUCACAUAAGGCUAGACAGGCCUGGGUUUGUGUUUUCUGCUUCAAAAAAUGACUGAAUAAACAAACGUCACGCAGCUAAAAAAGCUGUAACCGUACAGCAGACUGCACAGCACAGACCGGCUUCUGCUGGUAGGUGGGCCGUUCAAAUAAACGUGUAUUAGGUUGCGUGCACAGAGAAAGCAGGUUUGCCCGCGCCGGCUACCGGCGCCGACCCGCGCCAAGAAUUCAACCAUAUAAACAAGUGUAAGUGUGCACAGAGGAAGCAGGUCCGAGCGCCGGCAGCCCGCUUCAACCCGCUGUCCUGUUUGCUCCGAUCAUUCUUGCCUACUCAACCCACGCGGGUGGACGCUAUUGGAUGUAGAGUAGGAUGGAUGCUGAGCUCCUAAUAGCCAAAGCUUAUGAGAGACAGCCAGUGUGGAACAAAUGGAAGAAGCCCCACGCCAACAGGAAUGGGGCGGAUAAGCUGUGAGCUGAAAUCAGGAAAAUUGGAAUGAAAUAAAGUAUUCGCGAAAGUCAUUUCAUAAAAAUAGUUUCUAUGUCCCAAAGGAUAUUGAUAAACGUGAUUUUUUUUUAUUACCAUUCCACUUUCCAGCAUUUAGUUCCUUCAAGUGACUGUCACACUAUAGUGAGUCGGAACUGGUUACCCGCGUCCUUUUUGUACACCUUAUCGCGCUGGUUUCCGAUGCCGGCCUGCGCUUGAAACCAGCGCGCCGGUAACCUGCCCUAAAGAUGCAGGAUCUCCUGGAACGAUUCACGAUGCAAAGUCAAACGCAUUUUUAAGGUAUACAUAGGUUGCGACAAACUCAUGACCAAACUCUAAAGUGACUGAAAGUGAAAGGAUACGGUCUGUUGUAAAUUUGCCAGGAGUGAAUCCAAACUGAUUCAGCACCUUGGAUUUGUUUACUGAGAGAGGAGGUGGUUAAGUUUGCACAGUAUAAGGAUCGACAGUUUGAACGAAAUAAUAUUAUAAAGAUUUAAGAAUUACUGACAAAUUGAUUUCAGUAAAUGGAAGAAAAAAAUGUAGGCCGCCUGAUAAGGUUUGUAAAUAAACUAGCAUGGUAUCUAAUCUGAAGAACAAACGUUGUGAAGAAAAAUAGAAAAAGGAAGUCAAGCGUAAGAUAAGAUAAUAAGUAACCGAAAUAAAAUUCCAUGUAAAGCAAGAUUAACAACAGAAACGAAGAGGAAGAAGAGAUAAAAAAGUGCGGUUUUACGAGAACAGAUAAAAAGCAAGGUACAGGACACAGUAGUAGCGUGCAAGCAACAGUGAACGGUGAUUCAGGUUGGAUUUCGAGGUGGUGUGAAAUAUUCUAGAUUGACUAUUUGAAAUUACAGUGACACUCACAGGCAGGAUUCAACCCAUAGGCCUACCUUGCAUCCUUCGGGGGACAUGAUCCUGAUGUUAUUCAGAGAUGGUCCUAAAAUCCUUAGCCUGUUUACCGGCUGUCUAUUGGGCUCUGUGACUCUGCUCCCGAUGUCACAGGCGGUACAAAAUAGCGACGUAGCAGGAGUGGUACUUCGUGAAGCCAGCAGAAAGCACAGAGCUUUUACCGUCUUCGCAUAUACACAUGACAACUGUACCUCCUACGAUGGAACCAUGCUGAAGUUCGCUGACCUAAGGACCUGUGAAGGGCAAUACCUUUCUGGUGUACUGAUUUCUCUUUGCAACGAAUCAAAGAUUUGUUCGCCGAUUACAAGUUCCUCUGAAGUCUGCCUUAAUAUAACUAUCGAUGACAAAAGCGCAGCUAUUAAAUUCCCUGCUACUGAGGACAUCGUGUUGGUACCUGGAGAUGUUACGGUUAUGAACUGGACACAGAGAGGCAACACAUCGGCAUUGGUCGUUAAAUGGAAUAAACAUAUGCUGUACAAGCUUAGACUCAGGCCAUUCAAAAGUCCGCAAGAGUAUACAGAAAUCGACGGUUUCUUGUACCAGAACAGCUCACUGAUCUUCCAGGUGGAAUGGGACAACCUCGAGUACGUAAAUUACUACGCGUAUGUUGUUCUGUUCAACUAUUGUGAGGACAAAAUCGCUGAAUUUCAGGCCCCGGAUCUUCAUUACGUUCCGGAAGUGACACAGCCGGAUAAGGACACUCCGGAGCGCUCUUGGGUGGAUCCUCUGCUGAUCGUGUUGGCGGUUGCAGUCGCGGGCGUGCUCGGGACCCUAGUUUGCAGAGGAAGGCGCCCGGGAGGAAGACUGUGCCGCAGCCCCGAGGGCGCCGCCGCCUCAGGUCCGCCGGCGCCCGUGUACCCGACGCAGCCUCCUCCGGCCGCCGCCGCGCCGAGCAAAGCCGCGCUGCUCGUGUAUGCAAAGGACGUGAUUCCACAAGCGAAGGAACUCCUCCAAGAACUGAGAGAGAGAUCGGCGUGUGAGAUUCUUGACCUGCAUGACGUCUACGAUUUCGACAAACUGCAUGACUCGACGGCGUGGCUGGUGCGCACCCUUCGCAACCCGGCUGUUCUGAAGAUCCUCGUGGUGUCCGAAGAGGGGGAGCGACUGCAGGAUCUUCACAGGUCUUCCGUGCGGAUUCCUGUGCAGGAUGGGGACCUCGAGAGGUUUUCCGACGCCGAAGGAGGGAGAGGGUCGGGUGCUGGUUCGAGAUCCCUUCGCCAGGGUCUUGAGGGUGACCUUUCUCCUCUGGUACUUCCAGAGUCCCGGAAUAAAGAUUGUGAGUCUUGUCCACGUCCCGUAAAGAAAGGCUGCAUUCUCCCAGGUGGUUCGACGAGGAACCAAAGGGUGUCUGACGAAGAAAGUCCACUCGCCGAGGAAGAUGAGGAAACGGCUUUGGGAUUCCUGUACGACUACAUGAUCCGCAUACAGGAGUCUUCAUGUUUAUCCAAAAACAACCUUGUCUACAAAGCCCAGUUUGCGGACGGCCCCCUGGAUCGGGUGACAGACAGCCGCCUCUUCCUCCUCCCGCGUCAAACCCACUUCCUCGUGCAGGCAAUCAACGCGUUUGUGGCCGGAGAGUGAGUGCGGGAAUACCCAAAGGCCUUGGCGGUGCGUACUGGCUGUCGGGAUUUCAGUCCACCGAUGAAGAUGGGAACGCGAGCAUCGUCGUCCUCACUUUUGCUGACGGAGGAUUUACUCUCUCUCUCUUUACUCUCUCUCUCUCUCUCUCUC